UUGGCUGAAAUCAAGUGACGUGUGGCUUCAGAAACAAGGAAGUCCCGGUUACUCGAGCUAGCGCGAAAUUUCGAAGUUGUUGUAAAGUAGAAAGUUAACGAAAUGUUUGAAAAUCAUUCAAAGUCUAAACUUAAACGAAAGAAAUCCUCCGUGGAAGUUCGCCAGCCGGAAAUAUCUUUCACGGUAACGCUGAACAGGAGUCGGACAUCAAUGUUCGGCAGUGACCUGCCAGCAGAGCCCGGGAGGUCUGCAGCAGUGUGGUGGAACAGAGAGCAGCUGCCUGCCGUCGAGAGUCUGUGGGCAUUGACACUGAAGUCUGCUGUGCCCUACCUGGAGGACCAGCGCUGUCACCUGGUUCCUGAUCUGCCACCUCCAUCUACAGUGAGACCCACAGCACUAAAGUUAGGUGAACAGUGGCGGUGUGACCUGAGUGAAGAGGUUGCCCCCCUCCCUGAACUCCCUCCGGCCUCUCAGAGGACUUCAUCGAGGGUAGCUCCUGUGAGCCUCGGCUCAUCCCAGCAGGACCUUUCGGCAAUGAGCCAACCUGUACCAGACCCACCUGACAGACAUCUCUCGUCUUCCAGCGGGCAAAAUCACGACGACAAGACGACUUCCUUUCGCGUUAAAAGCCCACAGCUGUCCCUCCACAGCUGGGAGGGAACAGUGUCUGACAUGCAGGUUUCUCUGCAGAAGCACGGUGAAAAUAAAGAGGAAGUGGUGGGAGAUGAAGAGGAGGUGCAGAGGAGAGUCAGAGGAGAUGGAGAGGCAGCAGGAGAGGGAAUGCUGCAGAGCUGCCCCAUGUGCCUGCUAGUGUUCCCUGCUGGGUUCACCCAGAUGGACUGUGACGGCCACCUGGCCCAGUGUCUGUCAGAGGUGAAUGUGGACAUGACCUGGUGAGCCGACAGGAUGCUGGCUGCUGUCCAGGAGCUGCGAGCAGCCCAGAUGCCCCGCGCACUCUACCAUCCUAUCACACGGAGGACACACCCAGAGCGCAGCUCACACAGAGAACACUCGCUGUUUACUGAUGGCUGCACCCUAAGAGAGAGAGAGAGAGGGACUCCUCGACACAGUGGGUUAUACCUCAAGGUGAGCAGACCAGGAUGUUCACCUCUUUGGAAUAACAAGGGAGAGAAGAAGACGAAGAAGACUCCUACGUCAGGGAACAGUGUUGGUGUUGAGAAUUUUACACCAGGACAUAAAUAUAUUGGAGAGAGGCUUUGUCAGACUGUUUGACUCAGCAGUACAUAAAUAACAGACUCAGGAUGGAGGCAGGAUAUUUUUCAGUUUAGCAAUAAACUUCAGUGAGAAUUAAAUAAUUUUAAAUUA